AGUCUCCUGCAGACCCCGGAAGUGCAACUCGAACUUGGUCGGGGCGCGGAUCCCGAGAGAGAAAGUCAUAACAAACGCACGAGGGAGUUCGACUGGCGAGCUGGAAGGCCACGCCUCCUCCCGCCUACCCCCUCAGCCCUGUAGCUGGGGGCAGAGCUCAGACUGUCUUCUGAAGAUUGAUGUUUAUUUCCUUGAGCUCUUUAAUUUUGUUGCCAAUUUGGAUAAACAUGGCACAAAUCCAGCAGGGAGGUCCAGAUGAAAAAGAAAAGACUACAGCACUGAAAGAUUUAUUAUCUAGGAUAGAUUUGGAUGAACUAAUGAAAAAAGAUGAACCACCUCUUGAUUUUCCUGAUACCCUGGAAGGAUUUGAAUAUGCUUUUAAUGAAAAGGGGCAGUUAAGACACAUAAAAACUGGGGAACCAUUUGUUUUUAACUACCGGGAAGACUUGCACAGAUGGAACCAGAAAAGAUACGAGGCUCUAGGAGAGAUCAUCACGAAGUAUGUAUAUGAGCUCCUGGAGAAGGACUGUAAUUUGAAAAAAAUCUCUAUUCCAGUAGAUGCCACUGAGAGUGAACCAAAGAGUUUUAUCUUUAUGAGUGAGGAUGCUUUGACAAAUCCACAGAAACUGAUGGUUUUAAUUCAUGGUAGUGGUGUUGUCAGGGCAGGUCAGUGGGCUAGAAGGCUUAUUAUAAAUGAAGAUCUGGACAGUGGCACACAGAUACCUUUUAUUAAAAGAGCUGUGGAUGAAGGAUAUGGAGUAAUAGUACUGAAUCCCAAUGAAAACUAUAUUGAAGUAGAAAAGCCGAAGAUACAUGUACAGUCAUCUUCUGAUAGUUCAGAUGAACCAGCAGAAAAACGAGAAAGAAAAGAUAAAGUUUCUAAAGAAACAAAGAAGCGACGUGAUUUCUAUGAGAAGUAUCGUAACCCCCAAAGAGAAAAAGAAAUGAUGCAAUUGUAUAUCAGAGAAAAUGGUUCUCCGGAAGAACAUGCAAUCUAUGUUUGGGACCAUUUUAUAGCCCAGUCUGCAGCUGAGAAUGUUUUUUUUGUUGCUCACAGCUAUGGAGGACUUGCUUUUGUUGAACUGAUGAUUCAACGAGAAGCAGAUGUAAAAAGUAAGGUAACUGCUGUGGCAUUGACAGACUCUGUUCACAAUGUGUGGCAUCAAGAAGCUGGCAAAACGAUUCGAGAAUGGAUGAGAGAGAACUGUUGUAAUUGGGUCUCUAGCUCAGAACCGUUGGACACAUCAGUGGAGUCCAUGCUACCUGACUGCCCCCGGGUCUCAGCAGGCACCGACCGUCACGAGCUAACUUCCUGGAAGAGCUUCCCGUCUAUUUUCAAAUUCUUUACCGAAGCCUCUGAGGCCAAGACCAGCUCCCUCAAGCCGGCUCUGACGCGACGCUCCCACCGCAUUAAGCACGAAGAGCUGUAAGAGGAGAGCGAGCGAGACGGGGGAGGGGAAGCGCGGGAGCCACGCUCGCGCGCGCACCCACACGUCUCCCCACUGCUUGUCGUCGGCGAGCAGACUCCCAGCCCCUCAUUAGAUUGUUUUCUUCCCAGAGCACAGGGUCGUGAUAUAUACAUCUAAAUAGCGUUUUGCAUUAUUUCUAGAUGAGUGCAACUGUCAAAGCAAUAUGGGUUCACUGGUCGUGCUUCCUGCGGGCUGAGCUCGGGCUUCUCGCUGCCCGUCAGCGCGCAGAUUAAGGCUGACAGCGCCCUGCCCGGCGCGGCCGGCGCGGCUCUAAUUGCCCUGACGGAGCCCGCGCCGCCGCGGCGGGGUGCGCGGUGUCUGCGCGGUCCUACCGCCCGCCGCAGCGCAGCCGCUGCUGCUCCCCCUCCUCAAUCAUGUCCAUCCUCCCCCACCCCCACCCCCGCCCGGACCCCGCCCCACUCUGGACAGGAGCAAACUUAUUCUAGACUUCCAACUUCCAUUUUAACUAGGUUUUUCCCUGAGGUCGUCUUAUGCCUUUUUUUUUUUAAGGAAAUUCCACACACACAUACACACACACACACAGAGAAAAGUCAAAUUUAAAUUCAGAACAUGAAUGCCACGGUGUACUACAGAGUUUGGGGAGUGUAAAUUGUUCUCUCCUUAACGAUCCGUUUUCAUUUCGAGACCAAAAGAACUUUGCGUAAAAAAAAAUCUAUAAAGUACCAAAUCCGCAUUACUGCUGAAAAUCGUCUCCAGUUGAUUGUGAGAUUUUACACGAGUCUCUAAUGUCAGAAUAGACUGUUUAAAACAUAAUGAUGAGCAGAUCCUUUAAGUGUAGGUGUGAAAGGUCCCAUUUUCAAUGGAAUUUCCAACUUUAUCAUUAGAAUUGACUUUACUUUUUAAACAUAUGAUGUGUAUUGAGUGUCAUUGUAAUUUAGAUAACACACUUAAGUUUUGCUGUUUAAAUCUUAAUGUGGAGAAAGUUUGUUGUUAAUCCUUACUAGAAAGAGCUAUUCUGAGCUUUCCUGGAGUUAGGCCCUUUUAGGGUUAGAAUAUUUUAUUGUCAUCAGGAAAAUAAACCUAUGUACUCUGGAGCCUUUUUCUUCUGAAAGACUAAGUUGGGCUAAAAUGAUUCUUUUAGUUUUCUGCUCUAAUAGGAAGAGAGAGACUUGAUGUGAAAGAUUUUUCUCCUUUCCAUCCAAUGGUAUAAUUUUUAGUAUUCCACCUCUGUAGGGGUUUUCCCUAUGUUUUCAACAAUUAAAUAUUUUAAUCCAGCUAAGAUCUGGCCAACACUGUGAAAUACAAGAGAUAAGUUAAGGUUUUGCUGACUUUUAAAUUAAAAUAUUAAAUAUUAGCGUUAUCAAUUUUUAAUUACUUGAAGAAUUUACCUAGUGAAGAUUAUUUCUAAUAGAAGAGAUCUGAAUUUAAUAUUUUUCAUCCUUUUUUAAAGUGUAUGCAACAAUUAACAUGCUUGCCUUAUUUGAGGACAUGAUAAAAUGUACCCAAAAUGACUUAGAACUGUCUAACGCCUCAGAAAAAGAACUUAAAAUGAACCACCUCAUGGAUAAAUGUUUUUAUAUUACGAACUGAUUUCAGCAAGUUUUAAAACUGAUAUCUCAUUGCUGUGUUUGGCAUACAAGUACAUUCAUUAGUUCUAUAGUUUUAAUGAUGACAAACUAAAGUGAUCUUUUUUCAGUGAGUCAUGUCUGCAUAUCUUGUGAUGUUAUUUAAGCAGAAACAACAUAAAAAAUCAAAAUGGCAUUUUAUUCAGCUACUGGAUGGUGUAAAAUGUGUAAGCCCCAACAGUGUCAAGCACAUUGGUCUGUGAUGUUGACCCUUUUUAUCCAGACUUUCCUAUUGUAGAAGUAAUGGUGAACUGUGUAAAAUAAUGGUAUCUUCCAGUGAGGGAUUUGAGAAUUGAUGUGGAUUGAAUAUAUUUUUCAAAAUGUUAUAAAUUGUGUGGUGUUUUCGGUAUAUGAAAAUGUUCACAGGAAACUAAUUUUAUAGCUUUUUUAAAAAAACCAACACUUGUGCAACGCUACAUUUUUGAAACUUCUGCAGCUGAAUUUAGAGUAAAAUAAAUAUGCUCAGUUUAUAAACCAAAUCACUCCUAUUCCUUUUCUGCAAUUUUCUCACCUCUCUUUUUAAAAACCUUUACUUGUAACUAGAGUAAAUCACUGUUUAAUUGCCUUUAAUACUUUAAUGCUUUAAAACUACUGGAUUGUUAGGCCUUGUUUAACUAUCUGUAGAGAGCUAUUUGCAAACUUAAGUUGUGUAAAUGUAAUUUCUGCUUGUGAAUCUGAGCUGUGGCAACCCAGAGAGAGCUAGGCAAACCAUUCCAGACCACCGACUGAUUACUGAUCAGAUUCUUUGUUAAUGUAGAAUUUUUUAACCUGUUGAUUACGGGUCUAUUGGUAUAAGUGUAAUAAUAUUGUUCACCUCAAUUUUCUUGGAGUAACAACAAGCAGUUGGCAGUAGCCCGCCUACUUGGAGGCUGCCAGUGUUAACAAUAUUUUUGCCCUGAUCUCCUUUCUCAUUUUGGUUUUCUUAGGUUUUUUAGGAGAGUAGAGUUUUAAAGUUAGGAUGCAGGCAUUUUUAUUUUAAUUAUAUACUUCCUAGAGCAAUGGGAAUGGGAAAGGAGUUGUUGAUAAAUUUAAUAUUCAAAAUACUCCUGUCAAAACUUAAAAGCCAGAUUAUUGCUUUGGAGCUUUCUACAGGUGCCUAACCAUGCAGUCGUUAAAAAUUUUCAUGGAUAUUUGAAAAGAAGACCAUCUACUUGUAAUAAUUGUUCUUUUUUCAAGUUUCAGGCUUGUGCUUCAACCUGGAUUGCAUUAUUGUUUAUAUAUAAAAAAAAGCACAUGCAUUUCCCAUAUAUAUUUCUGUUUACAUUUUAAAAUAAAAAUAAUAUUCCCAACAAGCAGUGUCAUAUUAUUCUUGCCCAGAAGUUCCUUUAUUCACCAACUCUAUAGUGUUUAAAAGUAUAAAUGUAUUAGAAUGAUGGGACAGCAUUCAUCAAUAUUUUAAACCUUAUGGCUACUUAUUAUUACUAUUAUUGCUGUAGGGCAAUAUCCUAACUUCAGUAGAGUCACCUUUUGGCUUGCACACAAAGCUAACAUUUGUUAAGACAUUUGUUUUUAAUAUCUAAAAUAUCUCCCUAGCAAGGAAAUUUGAACAACCCAUCAUAAAACUAUAGCUUUAUAAAAUAAACUUUAAUAUACCAUAAAUAAAUGUGUUUUCCAAAAGGAGUCUGGUGGGAUUCAAUUGCUCCCAAAUUCCUGUAUAUAGGUCCUUUAUGUGCUAUGUUCAAUCUGAAAUAACUUUUUUUACAUUUAUUUUCAGCAACUCCUUUCUUAAGGAAAUAACCUAUAACUCCUUUGAGAGAUAUGUUAACUAUUCUCAGUGCUAAUAAGUUAGUUUCUUUUUCAAGUUCCUAUGGAUUAUCUGUAGUUCCGAUUCAAACACAUGUGUCUCUUGUUAUAAUCAUAGUUUUUACUGUAAACUGGCAAGUUCCUGUUGGUGUCUGUAAUCCUAAUUUAUUUAAGAAAGACUACUAUUACAAAAAGUAUAAAAAUUUCUCAAAAACUUUCCCAUUGCCUCUGUGGAGAAAAAUGUAUUUAAAUGAAUGUGAGACAUUCUCAUCUUUGAAAUAUGGGUGGCAAAAAGGGGGAUAAUGGUGGUGGUUAUUUUAUGAUUACUUAUUAGUGGCUGUAAUAAUAUAAAAUAAAAGACACCAGGAGGUACUCCCUUUCAAAAAUUGAAUACUUUCCUUCCUUCCUUCCUUGUAUAGAAUGACUGAGUGGGAGUCUCUUGAAUUGUUCAUCUUCCUUUUAUCUAAUAUUCUAUUAAUCUCUAAAAAGAUCAGUUUGAGUCUGGGAAAGGGUUUUUAAUCAACACUUCACAGAGCUUAAAGCUACCCUACCUAAAGCGUCAGCUUUGUUAGGAGGUUUUAGAUUUAAAGCAUUGCAACUGUCAUGCACUGUACUAAAAGUAAAGAAUGUAUACCAAGUGGAAGAUGUUGAAAAGAGGGAACUAGCACAAAGUCGAUUAACGGAGGUUCGAGAAUAGAAGUAGCCAUCAAAGCAUUCCAGCGUUUACCUCGAAAUCUAUGUAAGGUUAAAAAAAAAAA